GUACAAACAAACAACAUUUUGAACAACAUUAUAUAAACCGACACGACACACACAUCUCUUUAAUUAAAUACCUCAAAAUAUAUUUAUAUUUCCAGAAACAUAUAUUUGUUCAUCUGUUCAUCUUAGCUUUAUUCAGAUCAUUCGAUUGCGAUCAUGGCCGGAGCUUUGGUUCAAUCGACUAGUUUUCCGUCAACGGCUGCCGGUGAAAGCAAGGUCCGUAUGAAGAUAUCGGGUUAUCGAAAAGGCGAACUAAAGAUGAUGUACAGCUUACAAACCCCUCCGGUUACAAUGAGAACUUUCUCCGGUUUGCGAGGAACCAACGCGUUAGACACCUUGCUAAAAAGGGGCCAUGAUUUCCACUCAAAAGUUGCCGCUGCAACAAUCGUUCGACGGCCAAAACCGUCUAGAAUCGUGCCAAAAGCCAUGUUUGAACGGUUCACCGAAAGAGCGAUUAAGGUUAUAAUGCUUGCACAAGAGGAAGCAAGACGGCUCGGUCACAACUUUGUGGGUACGGAACAGAUAUUGCUUGGGCUUAUCGGUGAGGGCACUGGCAUUGCGGCAAAGGUGUUGAAAGCGACGGGAGUUGGUUUGAAAGACGCGCGUGUGGAGGUUGAAAAGAUUAUUGGUAAAGGAACUGGAUUUGUUGCGGUAGAGAUCCCGUUUACGCCUCGUGCGAAGCGUGUUUUGGAGUUUUCGUUAGAGGAGGCGCGUCAACUUGGACAUAAUUAUAUUGGAACAGAGCACUUGCUCCUUGGUUUGCUUCGUGAGGGCGAAGGUGUUGCGGCUCAUGUUCUUGAAAAUUUAGGUGCAGAACCGAAUAAUAUUCGCACACAGAUUAUCAGAAUGGUUGGUGAGACUGCAGAAUCUAUAGUUGCUAAAGCAGGUGUUACAAGCUCCAACAACAAAAUGCCGACACUCGAGGAAUACGGGACCAACUUGACAAAGCUAGCAGAGGAGGGUAAGUUGGACCCUGUUGUGGGAAGACAACAACAAAUAGAAAGAGUUACGCAAAUUUUGGGCAGGCGUGCGAAAAACAAUCCCUGCCUUAUAGGAGAACCUGGUGUCGGGAAGACGGCUAUCGCUGAAGGCCUUGCCCAAAGAAUCGCAAAGGGCGAUGUUCCUGAAACGUUAGAGGGCAAGAAGGUAAUAACUCUAGAUAUGGGUCUUCUUGUGGCUGGAACAAAGUAUCGCGGAGAGUUUGAAGAGAGAUUAAAGAAGUUAAUGGAGGAAAUCAAGCAAAGUGACGAAAUUAUUCUAUUUAUCGACGAGGUGCACACACUUAUCGGAGCCGGAGCCGCAGAGGGUGCCAUUGAUGCCGCUAACAUCUUGAAGCCCGCUCUUGCUAGAGGUGACUUACAGUGUAUUGGUGCAACAACACUUGAUGAAUACCGGAAGCAUAUUGAAAAGGACCCGGCACUUGAGAGACGGUUCCAGCCCGUUAAGGUACCCGAGCCAACGGUUGAUGAAACAAUACAGAUAUUGAAAGGGCUUCGUGAACGAUACGAAAUUCACCAUAAGCUUUGUUACACCGAUGAAGCAUUAGUGGCUGCAGCAGAAUUGUCAUACCAGUACAUAAGUGACCGAUUUCUUCCUGAUAAAGCAAUUGAUUUGGUCGAUGAAGCUGGUUCUCGUGUUCGCCUUCGUCACGCACAACUCCCGGAAGAAGCCAGAGAGCUUGAGAAAGAGCUUAGGCAGAUAACGAAAAACAAGAAUGAAGCCGCUCGUGGCCAAGAUUUCAAGAAGGCUGGGGAGUUGCGGGAUAGAGAAAUGGAUCUUAAAACUCAAAUAUCAGCGCUGGCGGGCAAAACCAAAGAAAUGAGCAAAGCGGAAACCGAGGCCGGUGAGGAGGGUCCCAUCGUAACAGAAGUCGAGAUUCAACACAUCGUAUCUUCGUGGACCGGCAUACCGGUUGAUAAAGUCUCCACCAACGAAUCGGCCCGCCUCCUCAAAAUGGAAGAAACCCUUCACACACGAGUCAUCGGUCAAGACGAAGCUGUCAAAGCCAUAAGCCGAGCCAUCCGCAGAGCCCGUGUCGGUUUAAAAAGCCCAAACCGUCCCAUCGCCAGCUUCAUCUUCUCCGGGCCCACCGGUGUCGGGAAAUCCGAACUAGCUAAAGCUCUAGCCGCCUACUACUUCGGCUCGGAAGAAGCCAUGAUCCGGUUAGAUAUGAGCGAGUUCAUGGAACGACACACUGUCUCGAAACUCAUCGGUUCACCGCCCGGUUACGUCGGAUACACCGAAGGUGGUCAAUUAACCGAGGCGGUCCGUCGCCGCCCCUACACCGUCGUCCUAUUCGACGAAAUCGAAAAAGCUCACCCUGAUGUCUUCAACAUGAUGCUUCAAAUACUCGAAGACGGAAGGUUGACCGACAGCAAAGGACGAACCGUUGACUUCAAAAACACACUUUUAAUCAUGACAUCGAAUGUCGGGAGCAGUGUUAUCGAAAAAGGCGGUCGGAGAAUCGGGUUUGACCUCGACUACGAUGAAAAAGACAGCAGUUACAACAAAAUCAAAAACUUAGUCACAGAAGAACUAAAACAAUAUUUCCGACCCGAGUUCUUAAACAGAUUAGACGAAAUGAUCGUGUUCAGACAGUUGACCAAACUGGAAGUCAAAGAGAUAGCCGAUAUCAUGUUGAACGAGGUUUUCGACCGGUUAAAGGAUAAAGACAUUGAGCUUCAAGUGACCGAACGGUUUAGAGAACGGGUCGUGGAGGAAGGAUACAACCCGAGUUAUGGUGCAAGGCCUUUAAGAAGAGCCAUUAUGAGGCUAUUGGAAGACAGUAUGGCCGAAAAGAUGCUCGCCCACGAUAUUAAAGAGGGUGAUUCGGUAAUUGUUGAUGUUGAUUCUGAUGGUAAUGUGACGGUUCUUAACGGUAGCAGCGGUGGUGAAGCACCCGAGACUUUACCGGAACCUAUUGAAGUGUAGACUUGCUAAAAAUAUGUUGUAUGUACUGUGAAUAUUGUCAAUAUUGUCAUAUGAUGAAUUUGCA